AAAUAAGAACUUUAUAUUUGCAUGAAGACGAGGAAGACUAUUUUUGUGUUUUUCUUUCGCACUCCAUAAAUAUAAAUAAUGUUAUAUAAUGUCAACAAAACAAUAAUGUCAAAAUUCUUGGUCCUAAAAUAGACUUAAGUUAAGGUAAAUAUACAUUUUGAUUUUGGGUUGAAAUAUGACCCUGAGGUUUUGUGCGAUUCACCCUUGAAUGAAUGGAGGAAGAGAGAUUUUGUGCUGCGAAUCUGUAACAGGAGUGCCCUUGUGACGUGUGUGUGUGUGUGUGUGUGUGUUGAGGGGGUUGUCCUAGCGACAAGCUCAGGUGUGUUUGAACAGCUCCAUAACAGAAAGAGUGAGAUUGGAGCGGGGAAGACAGAUUGACUAAGAAUCUCACCGAAUGAAAUCAACACCCGUCUAAGAACAGCAGCUAGAAAAACAGAUCAAAUCGAACAGAUGAAAAGGCCUGAAGGAAAUGCAGUUUUCCGGCAAACUCUAAGGAUUUCAAGGAAGUUGGCAAAUUUCUGCCUGUCUGGACUCGCUGAGUUGAAGGGGGAUCCAUCCCCAAUGAAGACCACAUGGUACUGUCCACUGGACUUGUCCACUGUGUCUGAAAUGAAGGAAGACGGUAUCAUCUACACUGUGGUGGUGAAACAAGGGCACGAUUCCCCCAACGUCCCACGGUCCACAGCGUCCCGUUCUCAGCACGUCAAAGCAGGGACAGAGGAAAAGCUGGUCCUCCAUCUCCUUCAUUCCUUCUCCAUGGGCGACUCCUCCUUCAUCUCCAUCUUCUUCUCCACCUAUCGCACCUUCACUUCCACCCAGAGAGUGCUGGACAUCCUGAUUGACAGGUUGGGAAAUCCUCCUGGUGAGAACAACAGUAACACUCGUCAAAUGUUCAACAAGGCCGUGUGUACGGUGUUCAGCACGUGGCUGAGUGACUAUCCUGAGGACUUCCGCUCUCUGAGCGAUCCCUCCUGCCUGCAGCGGAUCGGCCCCCUGCUUCCAGAAGACUCCUUAGGGGCCGACAUCAGGGGCCGACUGCAGAGGAUCAGCGAGGAGCUGAGAGAGAAAACACUGCUGUCUGGCUCACUCUCAGAUCCUACCAAAGGCGUGACAUCUCCUCCUGAUCCCUCGGAGUUUGAUGCCACCAGCAUCCUGGGGUUUCCAUCCAGUGUGAUCGCAGAACAGCUGACCAGGAUUGAGACAGAUCUAUUUCUGAAGCUGGUGCCCUAUCACUGUCUGGGGUCUCUAUGGUCUCAGAGAGAUAAGAAGGGCCAGGAAGGAGCGUGCUGGUCGGUCAGAGCCACUAUCAAGCAGUUUAAUCGCUUAACCAAUGCCGUCACAGCCUCGUCCUUGUGGAACACGGGUCUGAAAAGCCAACAGAGAGCAAGACUGCUGGAGAAAUGGAUCAGUGUUGCAGAAGCCUGCAGAACCAGGAAAAACUUCUCCUCACUGUACGCCAUUCUAUCAGCACUGCAGAGUAACCCAAUCCACAGACUGAGAAAGACCUGGCAUGAGACGGACAGAGAAGCUGUGAAGAGAUAUGAGGAACUAUCUGAUAUCUUCUCUGAGAAAGACAACUACUCCCAGAGCCGCGAGCUACUCAAAGAGGAGGGGACUUCCAAAUUUGCAAACCAUGACACUAAAAUGAAUAACAGGAGAUUUACAGGGUCGUGUGCUCAGGGAACUGUGCCAUACCUGGGCAUCUUCCUCAGAGAUCUCACCAUGCUGGACACUGCAGUCAAAGACAGAUUGGAGAAUGGCUUCAUUAACUUUGAUAAAAGACGAAGGGAGUUUGAAGUUAUUGCUCAAAUUCGCCUCCUUCAGUCUUCGUGUAAAAACAGCAUUUUCAGAACGGAUGAGACGUUUGUUCAGUGGUAUCACAGCGUACCCUCUCUACGAGAGGAGGAAAGCUACAAGCUGUCCAAUCAGAUUGAAGUACCGGGCGAGCCGAGUCCUGGGCGUAGCUCGAACCCCACUGUGAUCAUCACACAGCAUCCUGAUGCUCUCUCAGCCGUGGCAAAUACAACAAUGGAUGCUGAUGGCAUAUUUGACUUCCCGUCUCCUGUCAAUCACCUGCUCUCUAAGCUUUGCAAGCAUGUGAAAUCCCCAUCUGUUUCCUGUCUGGAUGUUGAUUCGUCACCACCGACCAACGAUGCCACGCCCUCUGUCCUGACCACACCCACUACAGCUGUCAAAUCACAUCGGCGGUCUGUCUCCUGUGGCAACAACCCCACCAAUAACAAAACAGAGGCGGGGCCUGAGAUCAGAAUCGUCAGAAUACGGAUGGAUUUACAUGACGGCAACUUGUAUAGAAGCAUUCUGGUCACUAGUAAUGAUAAAACACCCACUAUAAUCAGUUCUGCAUUAGAGAAGCACAACCAGAAUGCCCAAGAAGCCUCUAAAUACGAGCUGAUCCAACUGCUGCCGGAGGGGAAAGAGCUAAUAAUACCUCCGACAGGAAAUGUCUUCUAUGCCAUGUCUUCAGCUAGCGUGGACUUCCUGUUAAGGAGAAGAGGAGGAAACACACCGACAGGGUCUCCGUCUCUUGGCAACGAGACCAGCGCAACCUUCCCACGAAUCAAAGCCAAGGGCAGAAGACUAGUCCGGACACUAUUUUAACAGAAAAACAGGAUAUUCAUGUCCAAGUACUUUCAAAAGAAAAGACACAAAAUAUUUCAUUCAGCGCUCUGUGACGUAACUGUGUAAUUUUGACUCAAAAAUAAUUUUCUUAAGCCCUAAUUUAGUAAUUUGAGAGAAAGCAUGGUUGAAAUGGCUCUAAAAAAUUAGUUACUGCUAAAGAUUGCACUAUUCUUGCAUUUCAUAAAUCCAUAAUGAAUUUCAAGACAGAAUCAUGUACCUGUUGCUGAUGCCAGCAUCCCCUGUCUACCUCUAAAGCUCAUUGGUUACAGUAAAGAAAAUCCAUUAUUAAUGAACUGAGAGAGCAGAUAAAAGAUCCCAACAUAUAAAAUUAACACUUACAGAAGGUACUUACACCUAUCUAAAUAUUUCAAACCCUGAGCUGUUCUGUGUGGGCAAAAAGCUACUGAAAAACACCCACUUACCUGAGGAUGAGUCGCAAAAAAAAAAAAAACACUGCCACUCUCGAAUGGCCU